UACGCUUCCGGUUCCUGUCGUGGUGGCGUCCUCGUUGUUCCCGAAGUGGCGGCGUCCUUGUCUACCACUCUGCGCUAUGUCCGGUGGCCUCCUGAAGGCGCUGCGCAGCGACUCCUACGUGGAACUGAGCCAGUACCGGGACCAGCACUUCCGGGGUGACAAUGAAGAACAGGAAAAAUUACUAAAGAAAAGCUGUACAUUGUAUGUUGGAAAUCUUUCCUUUUAUACAACUGAAGAACAAAUCUAUGAACUCUUCAGCAAAAGUGGUGACAUAAAGAAAAUCAUUAUGGGCCUGGAUAAAAUUAAGAAGACAGCAUGUGGGUUCUGCUUUGUGGAAUACUAUUCAAGGGCAGAUGCAGAAAACGCCAUGCGGUACAUAAAUGGAACUCGUCUGGAUGAUCGCAUCAUUCGCACAGACUGGGACGCAGGCUUUAAGGAGGGCAGGCAGUAUGGCCGUGGGCGAUCUGGGGGCCAGGUGCGAGAUGAGUAUCGGGAAGAUUAUGAUGCUGGGAGAGGCGGCUAUGGAAAACUAGCCCAAAACCAGUGAGUGGUGAGAGCCCCAUCAUGAAAAACAGUCCCUUAGCCUGUUGAAUAUGUUGACAUUUAUUACCCAAGGUCUACAAAUCUGCCCAUUUUUACCAAGCUUUGAUCAAUGUCUCUGCCAAGCCAGAAGCCUCUUCAUAAGAAAUUAUUAAAGGACAGCAUCCAAAAAUAUGCCUUUGAUUCUACAGUCUUAGGAUCUUGGCAAUGUGUCAGGUUUCCAGAAUGAGUUUCUGUUACCAGGGUAAAAAUUGUGUUCCUUGGCAACAGAUUCAUUCUAUAUUGUUGAUCGAUCUAUGAACCAAAAUAUCAUGCUUCUUUUAGGGCUGGAAAAGUUUAACCUGUUUACUAUGUUUCAGUAAGUUCAUGGUCAACAUUUGGACCUGGAAUAACAUUUUUUCAGUUUUAAAUUUGCAUGAGACAAAGCUUAAUAAAUGGAGUUUUAUUUUUGUUCUAACUUAGGAGUAGGUGUUUGAUAACCAGUUUGAUUUUCUGUAUUGAAUUCUAAUCUCUAAAGGCAAAUUUAGACAGCAAGAGGACUUCUUAAAUAGUUGGUGCAAAAGCGAGCCUUAGACAAUUAAUUCCAGGGGAUACCACUGGCUUACAUACUUUAUAUCAGAAAAUUAGAUACAGGACUUGAAGGCUAUUUACCAAACACAUUUUUCAAAAGAUAAAUGUUAUACCUAAAGCAAAAAAAAGAAAAAAAGAAGGCACGGGGUUUGUAUAAGUACAACUCUUAAAUGGGGGCGGGGGUGACACUGUCAAUAAGUGAAGAGCUGUAAGUUAAAACAAUACCUUGGCAUCAUGAAGGUUGCUGUAAGGGCCACCAGGUUUAUUCUCUUCAUUUGCAAAGUGAUCUUGGUAUUGGAGUGGACUUAAAAAUAAGGCUUGAAGAUCUAGAAAAUACUUAAAAGAUCAGCAGUGCUUCUCUUAGGAAAUGUGUUUUGGCCAAUUCUCAUACUGACCUUUUUUUUCCCCUAAUGGUGCUUACUGAGCUUCAGAGCCUUAAUAGUGAGCUGAUGGCCUCUACAGAGAAGGGAAAUCUACAGAGUUUAUUUUGCAUUUGUAAAGCAAGAGGUGGUUUUUCUCUGAUAUAUGUGAACUGUUGCUCUUUGAAGCUGCAGUCUAGUAUAAUUUCCCUGAUGUAAGUGGAAUGUUCAUCUAGCAACAGAGCAUAUCCUAACUUCAGUAAUUGUGAAAGCUGGGGCUAAAGUAUCUCAGUGUGAGCAUCUUUCAUGUACACUAAGUGUAGAUUUUUCUCAUUAAAUUUGGUUAUCUGAAUUUUUUAAAAAUGCUUAGGAAAAAACACAAUUGCAACAUUUAAUUUAAUGAGGAUAUACUUUUCAUUUAAAUUUUUUUACACUAUAGUGUGAAUUAAUGUAUUUUAUAUUCUUUUGUAGUAAAACAUAACUCCAGUAUCUACAGGCCUUAAAACCACAGUCAGUGGUUCCUAUCUGAAUUGUGUCUUCUGUACUAGCCUUCAAUAAAGUUGGACCAACUUAC